AUGCGCUUCUCUCUCCCCGUCUUCGUUGCCCUCGUCGGCGUCGCCGUUGCCGUCCCGACUCUCCCCGUCACCGGCUCCCCCGUCACUGGCCUCCUCGGCAGCAACGACCUCGUCGGUGAGCUGACCGGUGUCGUUGACCAGGUCGAGGCCGGCCUCGGUGUUCAGGAUCUCGAAGAGAGACUUGACGCCCUCCUCGGCUCUUCCCUUCUCAAGGUUGAGUCUGCCAUCGGCCAGCCCCUCGCACAGAAGCUCCUCGCACUAGUUCAGGGCGGCCUUUCUCCGCAGAUCGUCCACGCCGUCGCUCAGGGUAUCGCCCUUGUUGAGCAGGGCGUCGCCAUCCAGACAGUUGACGCCUACGUCAAGGGUAUGACUGAUGGUGCCGUCACCUCUCUCGACAAGGCUCUCGGCAUGGACAAUAUUCAAAAAGUCCUACAGAUCUGA